GUCAUCUUUUUAGUCAAUUAUUGUUAGAUAUACUCCUUGGAGUCCAAGAAAAGAAAAUAGACGUAGUGGAAAAACCGAAAAGGCAACACUUUAUUCUUGUCACUUAAUAGCAGCCUUUGCAAAAUGCAACCAUAAACAAGUAUAUAAAUCCUGAUAUUACAUUCCAAGUGUAUUAACCUUAGCCAACCAAAACAAUAUAAGAUGUUAACUAAUAUGGGUGACCGAGAAGCACAAUUAAGAGCAUUUGAUGAAACAAAAUUAGGAGUUAAAGGAAUUGUUGAUGCUGGUGUUACUACCAUUCCUUCCAUCUUCAUUCACCCAAUUUCUAAACGACCAUUACCUCAAAAAACAAACACUACUAAUGUUGAUGAUGCUAGGUUUCAAUUUCCAAUCAUUGAUCUUCGUGUGAGCGAAAAUGAUUUGGAUCAUAAGAAGAAGGUUGUCGAUAAGAUUAGAGAAGCCUCGGAGACAUGGGGAUUUUUUCAAGUUAUAAAUCAUGGGAUUUCUGAUGAAGUUACGGAGGAUACAUUCAAAGGAGUAAAAGAGUUUUUUGAGCUUGAUGAUGAGGUUAAGAAGGGUUAUUAUUCAAGAGAUUAUGCCAAUAAGAAGGUUACUUAUCAUAGCAAUACUGAUCUUUACACCGGGCUUGCAACUAAUUGGAGAGACACUAUUGCUUGUACGAUGGUUCCUAAUCCUCCUCAUCCCGAUGAAUUCCCUCCUCCUUGCAGGGAGAUACUACCGGAGUAUACAAGUCAAGUGAUGAAACUUGGAAAAGUGUUAUUUGGGCUAUUAUCAGAGUCACUUGGGCUGCAACAAACCCAUUUAUGUGACAUUGGUUGUGCCGAAGGGCUAAACGUUGUGGGUCAAUAUUAUCCGGCUUGUCCACAACCCGAAUUGACAAUGGGUACCGCAAAACAUGCUGAUAGUGUCUUUUUAACUAUUUUGUUACAAGAUCAAAUUGGUGGUCUCCAAGUUCUUCAUCAAGACCAUUGGGUCGAUGUUCCUCCUACUCCUGGAGCUUUAGUCAUUAAUAUAGGCGAUCACUUACAGUUGGUAUCAAACGACAAAUUUAAAAGUGUGGAACACAAAGUACUAGCUAACUACAAAGGACCAAGAAUAUCAGUGGCAUCCUUUUUCACCACAUUUUAUCAAGAGACUUCUACAAGGUUUGGACCCAUCAAAGAAUUAUUAUCAGAAGAAAAUCCUCCAAAGUAUCGUGAGAAUACGGCGAAAGAGUAUAAUACCUACUUCCUGGAAAAAGGACUUGAUGGCACCUUUCCCCUCCUACAUUUCAGGCUUUGAUCUACAUUUAUUUAAGUUCGUGCAAGUACUCCCUCUGUCCUUUAGAGAGGGAUUGGCGAGCAUAUAUUUCACUACAUACAUUUUAUGUGAACCUUUUUGAAUUUUCAAAGUUCAAUUGGUUUAUUUAACUUGUUGGACAUGGUUAUGUUUAGUGAUAGUUAGUGGUAUUACACAGUUUUACCAUGCCUUCUUAAGUGUGGAUUUUACGUGUAAGUUUAUAAUUAAUGUCGAAUAUUAUGGGUAAAUUAGAGGGUCAUUAGGCUUCCAACUUGUUUCAUUAAGUUUCUGUUUUGAUUUUUAAUAAGUUAUUGGUUUGUUGUGGCAAAAAUUUUAGAAAAUUGUUGAGUACUUAACUAUUUAUGCACGAUUUUAAACAAUGUUAUUACGUUGCAUGUCUUU